CCUGCCUGACGCUGAGGAUGCACUGAAUUUUUAUGCUGGCUGUAGAACCUUCAGUUAGAGACCUACUCUAACCAAUCAGGCAAAGAAAGCAGCAAACCCAGGUUUUAUCAUCACAGAUCACCCUCAUUAAUCCAGCAAGCUUUUUCCUGAAGACAAAGGACCAAAUGAAUUGCUUCAUUGAAGCUGCCUGAGUGGCAUGCUAAUGCAGGGAGGUGGAAGACAUGAAUUAUUCAUGCCCUUGCAAGCCUGAGCUGGCAGAUCGUGGCUUUCCCUGUUCCCAUUGCAACAAGUGGUGGCUGGUCCGGCUGUGCUCAGGCCGUCAAACGUCUCCUCGCAUGUCCCCAGCGAGCUCCGCAAUGCCCGCGGGAGAGGGACAGGCUCCGUGCCUGCGCUGCGCCCGACACAGCCGGCUGGAGUUUCAGGUUAAGCCUCACGCAAAAUGCGCCCAGGGAACGCAGUGUUUUGUGACUCAGAUGUACUUGUCCAUAAACUGCUCUUCCUGGAAGAAAACAGGUUCCUUUGGAGUGACCCAAAGGCCAUGGGGCACUGAUGGUCAGAGGACCUACACAGGCCUUCAGUGCCAGAGUGCUGCAGAGAGGAAAUCAAGCUCUCCCCAGGAAUCCCUGUCAUCACAAAGUACAGCACUGAUUUUCCCAAUAGUCACGCCACAGAUGAUUGGUGAGAAGAAAUCUAAACUGUCUUGGCCUGCUUUGCCUGUGCAGCCCACAUUCCCUCAGCCCAGUGCUAAUCAUAUGAAGCAGUCUUUGGCUAGCCAUGGUUCAGUCAACACAAACAGAGCAUUCAAGAUACUUCCCAGCAGAUUAGAAAUUCAGGUAUCUUUAGAUAAUGCCACGUCUCCGUCGGACUCUCCUCUUGCAGAGGAACAACAGUGUCAAAACCAGCAGAAAGGGUUUGCCUUCAUAACUGUUACGGCCAGGCGUGUUGCUGCAGGAUCCAGCCAUCCAGCAUGUGGACCUGGAGCUGUGCAAGAGACCAAUACCACAUCCCCCAACUCGAGCCAAGUCCCUGCUGCCCUCUGUUGCUGUCUCCCACCAAACCAUGCACACCAACGUGAUGAUUCUUCAUUAAAGAUUUCUGAAUCUUGCUCACAACCAGCACAAAGGCAUUUUUUUGACCCUGGAAAUAAGGAGAGCAGCUUGAGUCUUCAAAGCAGCAAGGGGAGAGAGGAGGUACCACCUGCCUUCACCUCACGUGUCCACUUUCAGGUUUCUCAGCACUGUCCAAAUACCAUCUAUUAUUUAGACAAGUCACUCAAUGUCUGUAUUGACCAACCUGGAAUUAAACGCCAAAGAACAUAUAGAUCAGCGUUGUCCUUCAAUAUAAAUUGCAGUUCGUCUAGAUUAACAGCAGAUGGAGUAGAUGGCAUAGCUAAUGGAGAGCCAAAAGAGAAGAUACAUCAAACAAAGUUCCUAGGAGAAAACAAGACUCCACUCAGAUCGAAGCUGAGUGCAGACUUAACAGGGAACAACGCAGUUAAUAAGACGAAAUCGAAUGAAGGCUACUCGGCGAGUAAAUACCCUUUGCAAAGGCACUUGGACUCUGAUCUUCCAGCGAUUGUGGAUGUACCCAGAAGACCUAAUAGCAUAGCAAUGGAGAAGCAUCAUGCUAAUAAGCAGUCUGGCAGCUAUCACACUGCAUUUUCUCUGCAGCUUCCUAAUUCGAGUAAUGAGGCAGAUACAGCAUCUAGAAAGUCAGUUGCUGCUACUACUGAUGGCUCACUGAAAACAAGAGAUCCCUCCAAAGGCACCUCUAAAUGCAAAGAGUUCCAAGCACAGUGCAUCCUGCAACCAAAAACGUUUCUCUCCAGGAGUAUGUGCAAUAUAAAAGCUUCAUCAAGAAUCCUCUUGGAAGAAAAUGUUCACGAGCAAAACCAGCUCCUAAAAAGUAAUUAUGAAUUCUGUGCUUCAAGUGACAAAUUGAAAGAGUGUGAGGUGGAGGAGGACAAGUGGGAUGGAGCCCACUGGGUAGCACUAUCUAAGGCUUAUCUGCUAGAUGUUCCUCACAAGAAAAAUGACCCACACACUCGGCCAGAAACCAGAAUUCUGCUGGAGAAAACUCCACCAGCCCCAUGGACGCUGCGGGAAGCACUAGAAAUGCACAACCCUCAGUUCAUCUCUCGUUCACAAGAAAGGCUGAAGAGACUUGAACAUAUGGUCCAGCUGAGGAAAGCCCAGCAGAGCAAUGCUCCUGCAAGCAACCAAGGAGGGCUUCUUGCUCGCAAGCUUUCCUCUGCAUCUUCUUCAAGCAAGAAAAAGCAAUACACCAUUCCUCACCCACUCAGUGAUAAUCUCUUCAAACCAAAGGAAAGAUUCAUUCCAGAGAAGGAGAUGCAUAUGAGAUCAAAAAGGAUUUAUGACAAUUUACCUGAGGUGAAAAAGAAGCAAGAAGAAAAGCAGAAAAGGAUUAUCAUCCAGAGCAACAGGCUGCGUGUUGAGAUGUUUAAAAAGCAAUUACUGGACCAGCUUCUUCAAAGGAGCACUGAGUGACAGAGGAUUCUCUUGCCCAUCAUCCUAACGGCUCUUGAAUGCUGUUGACUGCUAGAUAAGCCAUAAAGUUUACUGUUAUCUCACUUACCUGGAGGUAUUUGUCUUGUCUUUUGCUCUUGUAUAUAAAGAAAGGUUGUUUAUAUUUCAACUGAAAUUUUAAGGCAAUUUUUGAGUAAUCAAAGAUAGUCUAAAAGGGAAAACAACUGUUUUGGAGCAUCAGCUUUUGGUCAGUUUACCCAGAGGAAAUCAUUUUAAGAUUUGGUUGGGUUUUUUUUUAACAUAAAUGCUGAAUUACAGUGAUAUUACUUAAUUGUUUAAAAGUACAUAGUCUUUGCAGCAAUACAGCUGGGUUUGUAAGAUCUGGAAAACUUAUUUCUCUGAAGUGUUCUUAUUAAUUGAUUUCCUGUGAGUUAAAUCCUUGCAGUAAAUGAAUAUCAUCAUUUGCUGUGUUUAGAAACCAGCUGAAAUGGGAUUACUACAUAAUCAUAGCAGCAGCAGUUUCACUUUAAUACUUAACAUACCAAAAGGGACCAAUAUUUGAGUUCUCCAAAGGAGUUUAUUCCUGUUUAUAUAACGAAGCUACAUCAUAGGCUUACCUGUUUAAAGAGCAAUAUUUAAACUUUUGAUUGUAACACUGUUUUUCAUGGGUGGGGGGUGGUUGUUUUUUUUAUUGUAAUAUAUGUAUUUUACUUUCUGUAAGCAUUAAGUAUUUAUAGAAAUGGCAUAUUAAGACACGGUGCCAAGAAAUAUGUUUGCAUCAAAACUGCAGAACUAAAACCAUCUGUAAUGUUUCCUCUGAAAAUAUUUAAAGCUUUAUUUGUACAUUUUGGGAGUUAAAAAAACCAAACCCCACCAGCUUACAAACCAAUGGAGUUUAUUUAUGGAAUAAAAUAUGAAGAGAAUAUUAAUCCAA